AACCUAAAGACAAUUGGUAGCAAAGUUCAAGGAUUCUCAAGAGCACACUGAGAAAGAGAGAGGGAACAGCAUUCAGGGACCUGGGUUUGAAAGACUGAAAUGAUUGGAUAAUAUAUGUUCUCCACUGUACUCUAAGGAAUGCAAAUUGAAUGCUGACAGGGCUGGCCAGGUAAUUUGAGGGUCUAACAAAACAUUAUUCAAGAAGAAAACAAGUGGAGAGCAUGGCAGAGAGCAAGUCCAGCAUCAGCUCGAAAGGAGGGGCCAAUGUGCUUGCUAAACGGGUGCAGAAACAAUUCAACAGAGCACAGGAGAAGGUGUUGCAGAGGAUUGGCAAAUCUGAGGAGACCAAAGAUGAGCACUUUGAGCAGUGUGUGACGAACCUCCAAUGCCAGCAGGGCAAUGGAUACAGAAUGUACAAGGACCUUAAAGCGUACCUCAACGCUGUCACAGUAAUGAGGGAUGCCUCAGGUCGACUGUUUCAGUCCUUGUUUGAUGCCUAUGAUGAAAAGUGGGAUGGUGCAGAGGAUCUUAGGGCAGUUGUGGAGGAAGAAGAGCAUCAGUGGAACAAUUAUGAGGACAAGCUGCGUGAUCAGGCAUUAAUCACAAUGGAGUCUUACAUGAGCCAGUUUCCAGAUGUCAGGGAAAAGGUGGCCAAGCGAAACAGGAAACUCGUGGACUAUGAUUCUGCUCGCCAUCACCUGACAGGGCUGCAGAAUGCUAAAAAGAAGGAUGAUAUCAAAAUUGGAAAGGCAGAGGAUGAGAUGAACGCAGCAAAGGUGGUAUUUGAUGACAUGAACAGGGAGCUGAAGAUGGAACUGCCUCUUCUAUUUGACAGUCGCAUUGGAUGCUAUGUCACAGUCUUCCAAGCCAUUUGCAACCUCAGAGACAUCUUCUACAAUGAACUUACCAAGAACAAUGAGGUUUUACAGACUGUGAUGAAAGAGCUGAGCACCCAGCAUCCAGACAAGAGCUUUGUCGUGAACAACUUCAACCGUGCUGGUUCAUUGAAGAGAAGGUCAUUUAGAGACACGUUGUCCCCAAGAUCACUUAAAAGCUUUUAUGAUUUCCACAUGAGUUACAACCCCAGGGGAUCUCUAAGGAGAGACAACUCAUCCAGUUUUAGGUCUGACACAUCAACAUAUGGGUCAUACAGCCCUAAGCAGACAAGCCCCACCAGCCUUCAACCCCUUAAUGAGAACGUCUCUGGUGCCAAAGAUGCAAAAGGCAGCCCUAUAAGAUUAGAUUAUCCUACAGAGGAAGGUACCUCGCCCCAUGAGCCACGACUGGAUAACACCAGCUACUCUGAAGAUAAACCAGUGGAGGAAGACAAGAAAGCCAAAAAGAAGGAGUCUUCGCAACCCUCAGCUCAAGAAACGCCAAACGAGGUGGAGUCUUCUGAGGAGGACAGUGAUGAGAGUGAACUGAAACCAAACUCAAAUAUCGCUGAAAGCUCCAAGAUCAAAGAUCAAAACCCACCUGAGAAGCUGGGGAGCGAUGGGCCUUCAGGUGUGGAGAAUGGAAUAACUCAUGACAUUAAAUCAGAAGCUGAGGCUUCAAACAAUGCUCUUACCAAGGGUGACCAUCCGUCAGGAGAGGUGAAGGAGGGAGCGACAACAGAGGCCUCUAAAUAGCAGACAAGAGAGAACACACACUGUUUAUUGGCAAUACACUGGAAUCAGAGGAUGUAAAAUGCUGUAAUCUCUUGUAUUUUUUUUUCAUCCUUGAUCUUUUGAGAUAUGUCUUUUCAGAUAAAUAUUUCAAUUCUGGUUUUAAUUCAAGAACAGCUUCUUUUACAAUAUAAUCACUUUCAUGGAUUGUCUUUUAUCAUGUGGUGGUCUUCCUUAAGGAUUUUAAUCUUUUUAGUCAAUAUCCUAUAUGACAUACAUGUAUCUAAUUGAUCAAAUGAACAAAUGUUUAUAACGUAGGCUGGUUGCAAAUCAUCCAUCAUUAAAUAAAUUAAUAAAAAUUGCCACUCAGUU